AUGGCCUCGCUCCUCCGUUCCUUGCUCACCAGGCCGGUUUUCAAACCAGCCUACACUACAAGAGUAGUGGUUCACAGGAGGAACUUUACCGUGGGAAAUUAUUUCAGUUCGCUACCACCCCGUCCCCGGUCCCCCGUUCUGACGGGAGUAAAAUCAGAAGAGGAAAGAAGGGCUGAUUGGAAAUGUCGCAUAGUGUCUAAGAAAUACACCAAGGACCACGAAUGGGUCCUUCUAUCCGAAUUUGGCAGCAGCACUGGUUCCUACUCUCCUCCCUUCCAUCGGGCGCUCGCAGGCUGACAGAGGGGAACUACCAGCUACUGUCGGUAUCACCGAAUACGCCCAAAAAGCAUUGGGCGAAGUUGUAUAUGUCGAGCUCCCGCGGGCAGACGCUGAGGUCGAAGCAGGGGAGGUGGUCGGCGCCGUCGAGUCCGUCAAGAGCGCGUCCGACAUUCUCUCCCCCCUAUCCGGCACCAUUGUUGAGGCUAACAACGAGCUCGGGAACAACCCCAAGUUGAUCAAUAAGAGCGCCGAAGGCGAUGGAUGGAUUUGCAAGAUUAAGGUUGAUGAUCCAGAGGAUAUUGAGGCGCUCAUGAGCAAGGAGGACUACGACGCACACGUUAAAGGGAUGGGCCAUUAGGUAUUGUUUGUCGGGCUAGCAGUGCUCUUGAUAAUUCGUUUCAAUUUUUUUUUCUUCUUUCAUGUGCCGUGUGCGUGUUCGCCGGGGAUUAACCCCUUUUCUUCUUCUCUUUCUAUCUUUUUCUCUUGUUUCUAUAAUUGUAUGAGCUUGGCACAGGAUUUGCAUUGGAAUAGAUUUGUUUGGAUGGGGUUGUUUCUGUCUGAAAUGGGUGUUCGACCUGUAGCCGAGUGAUAAUGCAUGAUUAUAGGUCUGGGCGAGGAUCAGCGCCUUGGCUACCCACCUCUUCCCGUGUGCUCGGAGAGCCUAUGAGCACGGAGAAUUGUUCCUGGGUGUGGGGUUCGGGCCACAAUUCCGAUCGCACCUA